CCAGUUGCUCCUCUCUCUCUCUCUCUCCCCCCCUCUCUCUCUCUCUCUCUCUCUUUCGUGGGUUUUGGACACAUCGAACACUCACUGUGUCGGAGACGAGAGAGAGGCGUGCCUUUGCCUCCUUCCCAUUGGACUCUCUCUCUCUCCCUCCAAAUUCACCUCCUUUCUCGUUUUUUAAUUUACGCUACCCUUAACCUACGCCCCCUCUUCCUGCUCAUCAUGAGCCCUCUCUAAACAGAGUUUAUAGUACGCCAAGCAAUUCUCUUGUUUUGUAAUCUCUCGCUGGCUUUUCUGCAUUGAAUAUGGCAUGGACUGAGAAAUAUAUUGGAAAUGGGAGAACGCAGGAAUCUAUUGAAGAUAAUGGUUUCUUGAAAGGGUCACAGCCUUCACCUGGUGCAAGUGGCUCUCCUGUUGCUAUAGCUGCAGCACGGAAGGGGUUUGAAGGGAAGGAUGCUCUCUCUUAUGCCAACAUUCUUCGUUCCAGAAACAAAUUUGUUGAUGCUCUUGCUAUUUAUGAGAGUGUCUUGGAGAAAGAUAGUGGAAAUGUUGAAGCUCACAUUGGAAAGGGCAUAUGCUUGCAGAUGCAGAACAUGGGAAGGCUUGCUUUUGAUAGUUUUGCUGAAGCUGUCAGGCUGGAUCCUCAGAAUGCUUGUGCCCUCAUGCAUUGUGGUAUAUUGUACAAAGAUGAGGGUCAACUGGUUGAGGCGGCUGAGUCGUAUCAGAAGGCUCUGAGAGCAGAUCCUUUAUACAAACCAGCUGCAGAAUGCCUAGCCAUUGUCUUAACAGACCUUGGUACAAGCUUAAAAAUUUCUGGCAAUACACAGGAGGGAAUUCAGAAGUAUUAUGAAGCUCUUAAAAUAGAUGCCCAUUAUGCGCCAGCAUAUUAUAACCUUGGUGUUGUGUAUUCUGAAAUGAUGCAAUAUGACACUGCCCUCAAUUGCUAUGAGAAGGCUGCAUUGGAAAGGCCCAUGUAUGCUGAAGCUUAUUGCAACAUGGGUGUUAUCUAUAAAAACCGAGGUGAUUUGGAAUCAGCCAUUGCCUGCUAUGAGAGGUGUCUAGCUGUGUCACCAAACUUUGAGAUUGCAAAGAAUAAUAUGGCAAUUGCUUUGACAGAUUUAGGAACAAAGGUUAAAUUGGAGGGAGACAUCAAUCAAGGCAUUGCAUAUUACAAGAAGGCUUUGUAUUACAAUUGGCACUAUGCUGAUGCCAUGUAUAAUCUUGGUGUCGCGUAUGGUGAAAUGCUGAAGUUUGAUAUGGCAAUUGUGUUUUAUGAACUUGCUUUCCACUUCAAUCCUCAUUGUGCUGAGGCUUGCAACAAUUUAGGAGUAAUAUACAAAGACCGAGACAACCUUGACAAAGCCGUGGAUUGCUAUCAGAUGGCUUUAUCAAUUAAACCAAACUUCUCUCAGUCUUUGAACAACCUUGGUGUAGUCUACACAGUCCAGGGUAAAAUGGAUGCUGCUGCAAGCAUGAUUGAGAAAGCUAUCAUGGCAAAUCCCACUUAUGCUGAAGCAUAUAAUAAUCUUGGGGUCCUUUACAGAGAUGCUGGAAAUAUAACUAUGGCUGUUAAUGCUUAUGAGCAAUGCCUUAAGAUAGAUCCUGAUUCUCGCAAUGCAGGCCAGAAUCGGUUGCUUGCAAUGAACUACAUAAAUGAGGGACAUGAUGAUAAACUUUUUGAGGCUCACAGGGACUGGGGUAGGCGCUUUAUGAGGUUGUAUCUGCAGUACACUUCAUGGGACAACCCAAAAGAUCCAGAAAGGCCGCUUGUGAUUGGAUAUGUAUCUCCAGACUAUUUUACGCAUUCUGUAUCUUAUUUCAUUGAGGCCCCUCUUGUAUAUCAUGACUAUGCAAAUUACAAGGUGGUGAUUUAUUCAGCCGUUGUGAAGGCUGAUGCAAAGACUAACAGGUUUAGGGAGAAAGUCCUUAAAAAGGGUGGGUUAUGGAGGGACAUAUAUGGGAUUGAUGAAAAGAAAGUGGCAAGCAUGGUUAGAGAAGAUAAUGUUGACAUAUUGGUAGAACUUACUGGACAUACAGCUAACAACAAGUUGGGAAUGAUGGCAUGCCGACCAGCACCUGUUCAGGUGACUUGGAUUGGCUACCCAAACACAACUGGUUUGCCUACGAUUGAUUAUAGAAUCACUGAUUCACUGGCAGACCCUCCAGAUACAAAGCAAAAGCAUGUUGAGGAGUUGAUUCGACUACCAGAAUGCUUCCUUUGUUAUACACCGUCCCCAGAAGCUGGGCCUGUCUCUCCAACUCCUGCACUUGCUAAUGGCUUUAUUACAUUUGGUAGCUUUAAUAAUCUGGCAAAGAUAACUCCUAAGGUACUACAAGUUUGGGCUAGGAUACUCUGUGCGGUACCAAACUCUCGCCUUGUGGUAAAAUGCAAGCCAUUUUGUAGUGAUAGUGUUAGACAGAGAUUUCUUACAACUUUGGAGGAGCUGGGAUUAGAAUCAGUGCGUGUUGAUCUUUUACCUCUAAUUCUUCUUAACCAUGAUCAUAUGCAAGCAUAUUCUCUCAUGGACAUUAGUUUGGAUACUUUUCCAUAUGCUGGAACAACAACAACAUGUGAAUCUCUCUACAUGGGAGUUCCAUGCGUUGCUAUGGCUGGUGCAGUACAUGCUCACAAUGUUGGUGUGAGUCUUCUCAGCAAAGUUGGGCUGGAACAUCUGAUUGCUAAAAAUGAAGAUGAAUACGUCCAGUUGGCUUUGCAGCUUGCCUCAGACAUACCAGCUCUCUCAAACUUGAGAAUGAGUCUCAGGGAUCUUAUGUCAAAGUCUCCUGUCUGUGAUGGACCAAACUUCACUCUUGGCUUAGAGUCUGCCUAUCGAAACAUGUGGCAUAAAUAUUGUAAGGGUGACAUUCCAUCUUUAAAGCUGAUGGAACAGCUUCAAGAGCAGGGGCUUUCUGAAGCAGCACCUAUCACAAGCUCUGAACCAAUAGGAAGUAUCCCAUUCUCAGUAGAAGGCCCUCCUGAAUCUGUCAAGGUAAAUGGAUUUAAUGCAGUCUCAUCAUCAAUGGGGAAUCCCUCUUCCGAGGAAAAAGGGAGUCACAGUCAGUUGAAUCAAGAUAAGCUGAGCUGAAACUGAAUUGGGUCUUGGUGGUUCAUGUAAGGUGAUUGGAGACAUGCUUGGAGUUUAUAUCUACACUGUUGACGAGGCCUCCUGUUUGUGUAAUGUUUGUGGCUGUAUCCUGCGGAGUUAAAGCUCAUUGUUUACCAUGGUGGCAGCCCUACGUUUCGUAUUAUAGGAUCGAAUUUUUUGGGAAAGAGUGCUGGCAAAUUGUUGGUAUUUGGAUUCUUUCUUCAUAACAGAGUACAUGAAUUGGGAAGAGAUGAUCUGUGAGCUGUUAAGAGUAGGUGCCUGCCUCAUUUUUUUUUUCCAUGGAUCAUAUCAUAGAGGUUAAAGGUGGCUUGUAAAUUGUAAGGAGAGCUUUUCUUUCUUUUUUAGAUUUUUAGAUGGCUGGGGUAGAUCACCGGGGGAGGGGGGAGUUUAUGAUUUAGUCCAUGUAUGAAUGCGAUCCCGUGAUUUCACUACAGUGAAUAUGAUGAAAUAGAGCAAAUAUUAAUCACAUGAUUUACUGACUUAA